GCCGCCGCCGCCGCCGCGGGGGCCAUGACCGUGGAGCAGAAUGUGCUGCAGCAGAGCACCUCCCAAAAGCACCAGCAAACAUUUUUGAAUCAGCUGAGAGAAAUCACAGGCAUCAAUGAUACACAGAUACUACAGCAAGCCUUGAAGGAUAGCAAUGGAAACUUGGAAUUAGCUGUGGCUUUCCUGACUGCUAAGAAUGCCAAGACACCUCAGCAAGAGGAAACAACUUAUUAUCAAACAGUCCUUCCUGGCAAUGAUAGAUAUAUCAGUGUGGGAAGCCAAGCAGAUGCAAGAAAAAAACAGUAUAAGCCAGCCAGAACAAGAUGUGCCACAGUUGAGCAAACACACUAUGGAUCAAAAGAUAAGAGGGAUAUGGAUGUGAUUGAUCUCACUGGAGAUGAUAAAGAUGAUCUUCAGAGAGCAAUUGCCUUGAGUUUGGAAGAAUCAAACAGGGCAUUCAGGGAGACUGGAAUAACUGAUGAGGAGCAAGCUAUUAGCAGAGUCCUUGAAGCCAGCAUAGCAGAAAAUAAAGCAAGUUUGAAGAGGACACAUACAGAAGUAUGGAGUGAUUCUCCAAACCCUUAUGAUAGAAAAAGACAGGAUAAUUGUCCAGUUGGGCUAAAGAAUGUUGGAAAUACCUGCUGGUUUAGUGCUGUUAUUCAGUCAUUAUUUAAUCUUCUGGAAUUUCGAAGAUUAGUAUUGAAUUACAAUCCUCCUGCAAGUGCUCAAGAUUUACCUCGAAACCAAAAGGAACAUCGGAAUUUGCCUUUUAUGCGUGAGCUGCGGCAUCUGUUUGCACUUCUUGUUGGUUCUAAAAGAAAAUAUGUUGAUCCUUCAAGAGCAGUUGAUAUUCUUAAAGAUGCUUUCAAAUCGAAUGGCUCACAACAGCAAGAUGUGAGUGAGUUCACACACAAAUUAUUAGAUUGGUUAGAAGAUGCCUUCCAAAUGAAAGCUGAAGAGGAAAGGGAUGGAGAGAAACCAAAGAACCCAAUGCUAGAAUUGUUCUAUGGAAGGUUCCUAGCAGUGGGAGUGCUUGAAGGUAAAAAAUUUGAAAAUACAGAAAUGUUUGGUCAGUAUCCACUUCAAGUCAAUGGUUUCAAAGAUUUACAUGAAUGCCUAGAAGCUGCCAUGAUUGAAGGAGAGAUUGAGUCACUGCAUUCAGAGAACUCAGGAAAAUCUGGUCAGGAGCAUUGGUUCACAGAACUUCCACCUGUAUUAACAUUUGAACUGUCAAGAUUUGAAUUUAAUCAGGCUUUGGGAAGACCAGAGAAAAUUCACAACAAGUUAGAAUUUCCUCAGGUUUUAUAUCUGGACAGAUAUAUGCACAAAAACAGAGAAAUAACAAGAAUUAAACGAGAGGAGAUCAAGAGGCUAAAAGAGUACCUUACAGUAUUACAACAAAGAUUAGAAAGAUAUUUAAGCUAUGGUUCUGGCCCUAAACGAUUCCCCUUGGUAGAUGUUCUGCAGUAUGCACUGGAGUUUGCCUCAAGUAAACCUGUUUGCACUUCUCCUGUUGAUGAUAUUGAUGCUAGUUCCCCACCUAGUGGUUCCAUACCAUCACAGACAUUAUCAAGCACAGCAGAGCAACAACAGGGAACUCCUUCAGAACUACCAAGCACGUCACCUACACCAAGGUCAUUUAUACAUAAGCCAUUUACACAGUCACGAAUACCUCCAGAUUUACCCAUGCAUCCAGCACCAAGACAUAUAACAGAAGAAGAACUUUCUGUACUAGAAGGCUGUUUACAUCGCUGGAGGACUGAAGUAGAAAAUGACACUAGAGAUUUGCAGGAAAGCAUAUCAAGAAUUCAUCGUACAAUUGAACAAAUGUACUCUGACAAGCCUAUGGUACAAGUUCCUUAUCGCUUACAUGCUGUCUUAGUUCAUGAAGGCCAAGCUAAUGCAGGACACUACUGGGCAUAUAUUUUUGAUCAUCACCAAGAAAGAUGGAUGAAAUAUAAUGAUAUUUCUGUGACAAAAUCAACGUGGGAAGAGCUAGAGCGGGACUCUUUUGGUGGCUACAGAAAUGCCAGUGCAUACUGUUUAAUGUACAUUAAUGAUAAGGAACACUUCUUAAUAAAAGAAGACUUUCACAAGGAAACUGGACAGAAACUUGUCGGGAUGGAAACAUUACCUACUGAUUUAAGAGACUUCGUCAAAGAAGAUAAUCAGAGAUUUGAAAAAGAGUUAGAGGAGUGGGAUCUACAACUUGCCCAGAAAGCUCAGCAGGAAAAGAUUUUAGCAUCCCAGAAAAUGAAGGAGCCAACACCUUCUGUAAUGACAGCACAAGCAGAAGAACCUGAAUACCUAGAGCAGCCAUCCAGAAGUGAUCUCGCCAAGUAUUUGAAAGAAGAAACAAUGCGAGCGAUCACCAAGGCGUCAUCAGAGCAUGAAGACACAAAUCCUGAAACUGUCUUACAGCUGACCCCUGAAAAAGCCACCAGUCAACCACCUUCUAACCAGCAAGUUGUAGAGGUGGCGAUUCCUCAUGUAGGGACAUUUAUGAUUGAGUCAGUGAAGGGGGGUUAUGAUGAUGAGAUCAUGAUGACACCGAACAUGCAAGGUAUUAUCAUGGCUAUAGGUAAAUCCAGGAGUGUAUAUGACAGGUGUGGUCCUGAAGCAGGGUUCUUUAAGGCAAUCAAAUUGGAGUAUGCAAGAUUGGUAAAGCUGGCUCAAGAAGAUACUCCACCAGAAACAGAUUAUCGAUUACACCAUGCAGUUGUCUAUUUUAUCCAGAACCAAUCACCGAAGAAAAUAAUCGAGAGGACAUUGUUGGAACAGUUUGGAAAUCGCAAUUUGAGUUUUGAUGAAAGGUGUCGCAACAUAAUGAAAAUUGCUCAAGCUAAACUUGAAAUGAUAAAGCCAGAAGAAGUAAACAUGGAAGAAUAUGAGAAGUGGCACCAGGAUUAUAGAAACUUCAGAGAUACAACAAUGUAUCUCAUGAUAGGCCUAGAACAUUUUCAAAAAAAGAGUUACGUAGAAGCCAUACUGCAUCUUAUCUGUGCUUAUCAGAAUAACAAGGAGCUCUUGUCUAAGGGCCCAUACCGAGGACAUGAUGAAGAAUUGAUAUCACAUUACAGAAGAGAAUGUUUACUAAAAUUAAAUGAGCAUGCAGCAGAACUAUUUGAAUCUGGAGAUGAUCAAGAAGUAAACAGUGGAUUGAUUAUUAUGAAUGAGUUUAUUGUCCCAAGUUUGCCAUUGUUACUGGUGGAUGAGAUGGAAGAGAAAGAUAUAGUUGCUGUAGAAGAUAUGAGAAAUCGCUGGUGUUCAUAUCUUGGACAAGAAAUGGAACCCAACCUCCAAGAAAAGCUGACUGACUUCCUGCCAAAAUUGCUUGAUUGUUCUACAGAGAUCAAAGGUUUCAAUGAGCUGCCAAAAUUACCUUCAUAUUCCACACAUGAACUGUGUGAACGAUUUGCCCGAAUCAUGUUGUCCCUCAGUCGAACUCCAGCUGAUGGAAGAUAAACUAUACAAACUUUCUUAAGCACAUUGUAUAAACUUUUUAGUUCUUAACCUUUGCCUUCCUGUCACAAGGUUUGCUUGUUGCUGCUAUAGUUUUUAACUUUUUUAUUUUAAUAAUUGCAAAAAACAAAAUGACUGUACAGACUUUAGCCAGACUGCAAACAAUAAAGCUGAGAAUCGCAUGGCGCUCAGUCUUUGUUUUAACCAGAACUGAAGCAUCAUUACAAGUCUGAUUUACCAUGGCAAAAAUGCCCUUUUGCCACCUGUUUUCAGUAUUAUUUUGCUUUUAUCUUAAGAUCCUUUACUUUAUCCACAGCUUUCUAUUCAGUCUGGAUCUUUCUGUGACUGCAACCAUUUUAAGUGUCUAGUGCUAUGUAAAAUACAUAGUACUUGGUAGCUUGUAAAUGAAAUUAAAGAAUAAAGUUUUAUUUAUGGCUACUUAAGUGUUUGUAAGGAGGUAUAUUGUAUAUUAGAAUAUAUUUGCAUAGAUGUAUUUUUAGAAAUAUUGAGUUGAGUUUUGGGUGGGGAUCAGCAAGACUUGUGGAUAAACAUUAAUAAUAAUGUUAUAACAUGUUGUUACAAUGUCAGCUUAUUGGGAAUGUAUUUCAAGUAUCUGACACCAAAAAUGUUUGUAUAUUUCUGUCAAAAUUGUUUAACUUAGAAUGGCAUCUGAACUUGUUUUCAUCCCAGAUCAGGUUAUCAUCAAAAUUAGCAGCUGAUUUCUUAAGUCAAACUUCAAUGUACCUUUUAGUCUGACAUAGAUUACUUUAUUUUUAUAUUUUAAAAAAAACUAUUUUACAACCUAGAUAAAAGAAAAUAUUUGAAAAGAAAAAUAAGAAUACUUGAAUAAGGGCUAUUUAAAUGUGGAACUUGUAAAAAUUAUACACACAUAUUUUUAAAUCAUUUAUGAGAAGAUAUGUUUUACUCUAUACAGUUCAUAUUUUACUUUUGUAAAUUGUUCACCACAUUAACCAAGAAUGUUCUCUACUAAUCAGUGCUGUGAAAUCAGUUGAUAUUACUGUUAUAAUAUAAGAUCACAAAUCACUGUGCUCUCAUUUACUUUCUCUGAAAGAAAUCUGUAGAAUUUACUUUGUAGAUGGAAAUAUUUAAAUUUAACAAAGAAACAUUUUGUGGUGGAAUUCAGUGAUUCAAAAGGUAAACCUGUUAUCAAAUCCCAUUUUUGAUUCAUAAAUAAUUCCUUUAUAUAUAAUUCAUUAUUAGUAUAGUAAAAUAUAUAAGUAUACUAUGUGUGUGUUUAUCAUAGUGAUGUCAAAACUAGUGCCUUUUUAGUACCAGUUUUAGCAGGAGGAAAAAGAUGUAUAUUAAGCCAUUAAACCCUAUUUUUUGGCAAAGUUAAUGAUCUAGUAUUAGACCUCUACAUCAAAGGGCAUUAUGUUUACUGUAAAAAUUAGAUUGUUAGUGUUUAUGUUUUGAUUUGGUUUUUAAAUCUUUUAUUGAGUUGGAUUUCUAUUUUUACAUUAGGUUCCAGGGCCUAU